AUGGGUCGGCUUCUGGAACGGUAUCAGGGACAGGGACCGGGGCAGCAGAUGAACGUCUUCGGCAGCCUUGUGCCUCUCCCAGGGGAUCUUUUGAAUGCUGAUGCGGCUGCUCCAAAAUGUGGUUGGCUGGCCUGCUGCAUCAAAGAGGCGGCGCCGUUGGAAGCUGGAGCAGGGACCCGAGAUGGUGGUACAGGUCGGUGUAAUUGGCAGCCCGUUGCGUUGUGCCCACCGUCCAACACGAUCCAGUACCUUGGCAAGGGAUCGGUGCAGCUGUCAGCUCCCCUAUAUCAGUGCCUCUCUAUGAGCAGUCACCAGUGGCCGACUACGGGCAUCUCCGUCGCUUAUCUGCACAUGAACGGCGUUUGCAGAAUCCAAAUCCAACUCAUAACCGAAGGGCUCAUGCAUAUGUAG